CAAGUAAACAUUUAUAGACAUUUGUAGACAUGGGAAAACUCAAAAAAUCAAGUAAAAGAAACACAUUUGAUUACAGUCGAGACAGGAAGCGACUGAAGAAACAGUUCGUGAAAAAAUACGCUCCGAGGAUUGAACAUCAACAGAUCCGCAAUGCGUGGAAUGACAAGAGCUCUGUUGCCAAAAACAUGCAGGACAUGGGCCUAAGUUUUGAUCCAAACCGAACCAUACCUGUGAAGAAACAGGCGAUCAUCGGUGCAGCAACACAUACGACGGCUUCAGAAAACAUUGUGACCAAGCCCUACGUUCUCAGGCAGCUGGAGGAAGAGGCCAGUCGUCCUGUCAAAGACACCAAGACUUUGUCUUCUGACCUGAUAGCGUACGUUCAGCACAUGAUCCGAGAACACAAUGACAACUACAAGGCAAUGGCGAGAGAUGAGAAGAACUACUACCAGGACACGCCCAAACAGAUCAGCAGGAAGAUCAAGGAGUACAAACGCUGCUACCCUGACCAGUAUGCAGCCUUCAUCAGCUCGCUGGCUGCUAAAUAACUCCUCAUCCUCUCUGG